UUCUUCUGUGUUUAAUGGGGGUUGUAAUCAUGGUUGUUUCUUUAUUUUCAAUAUAAUUGAGUAUACUUUGUUACUUUUCGUGGCUUGUUUUGUGGAAGAUUUUCAUUUUUCAAAUGAUUUGUUUAUUUGGGGUAAACUGUUUGUGGGAUUUUCCAGGCUCCUAAGGAGAGUAUUGUUUGACUUUGAAGCCAGAAAUAAGGAAAAAAACAAGAUUGUCUUGGGGGUUGAAGGGUUUGGUUUUGAACUUGUGAUAAGGGUUGCUUUGAUGGUGUGAUUAAGUUUUUUUUUGGUAUGACUUUGUUGAUGGUUUUGAAGGGAUAUGGGUUCUAGUGGAGAUGAAAUUGAGUUCAAGGAUUGGUUUUAUUCAUUGGUUUCUUGAUUUUGGUGGAGUCAAAAUUCGAUUGAGUUCUACAUGUUAAUGGGUUUGAAGAUUGUAAAUUUCUCCUGUUUUGAAACUUAUAUUGGAUUGCGUGAACCUCCUACCACCUUUCAGCUGAAUAAUUACAGGGAGGGGGGCAAGUUUAGGAAAAUUUCCAGUGUUUUUUAGAAUUUGAGGUUUUGAAUUACUGCGAGAAGCAAAAAAGGGAAAUGGGUGAAGAUGCUAAUUCUUGGAUAAGGAGAACAAAGUUUUCUCACACUGUUUAUUAUAGGCUUGAUUCUUCUAAAUGGGCUUCUAUUAAUUUUGAUUUACCAGAAAGGACUUCUGGAUUGAAAUUAAGGCCCUUCACAGCUUCUUCAAACGAGAAAUCAGUUCCCGGUAAUUCUCAGAUUCAGAAAAAUCCAAUCAACAAGCAGAGAUCUUUGUCUCCCCUUCCUGAAACAGUUCUCUCUGAUACGUUCAAGGAAGCAAGGUCUAAUACUAAAAGAUUUUCAACUCCACUUCCUAGGAGGAAAGAAUCGGGGAGAGAGAGAGGACUUGGGGGAAAAUUUUCCAAGAAACAUUCUCAUAAAGAAACCAAGCCGUCAUCAAAUUCAUUUAGUACAAGCCCACUUAAUCACCUGGGUUCUCUGAGAAUCAGUGAUAAAUUCAAGACCAGAAAGGAGUCAGCCUGGACCAAGUAUUUUGACUAUGGUGGAGGCAGGGUUAACGCGGUUGAGGCUGCAGAUGAAUAUGAUGUUGAUCUUGCUCAGCUGUUUCUUGGGCUUCGGUUUGCUCAUGGGGCACAUAGCAGGCUUUAUCAUGGGAUAUACAAGGAUGAGCCUGUUGCGGUGAAGAUUAUUAGAGUACCUGAUGAUGACGAAAAUGGAAACAUGGCAGCUCGGUUAGAGAAGCAAUUCAGUCGGGAAGUUACUCUUUUAUCUCGGCUCCACCAUCCAAAUGUCAUCAAGUUUGUAGCAGCAUGUAGAAAGCCACCGGUAUAUUUUGUCAUUACAGAAUAUCUGUCAGAAGGUUCCUUGAGGGCCUACCUGCACAAACUUGAGCAAAAAUCCCUUCCCUUACAGAAAUUGAUUGCAAUUGCGCUGGAUAUUGCACGGGGAAUGGAAUACAUUCACUCUCAAGGCAUCAUUCAUCGAGAUCUUAAGCCAGAAAAUGUCCUUAUAGAUGAAGGAUUCCAUCUGAAAAUUGCUGAUUUUGGCAUAGCUUGUGAAGAACUGUACUGUGAUGCAUGGGCAGAUGACCCAGGAACUUAUCGUUGGAUGGCACCUGAGAUGAUCAAGCACAAAUCGUAUGGGCGAAAGGUUGAUGUUUACAGUUUCGGACUCAUCUUGUGGGAAAUGGUGGCUGGAACAAUCCCAUACGAGGAUAUGAAUCCCAUCCAAGCUGCUUUUGCAGUUGUGAAUAAGAAUUUGCGACCUGUUAUUCCAGUGGAUUGUCCACCUGCAAUGCAAGCUUUAAUUGAGCAAUGUUGGUCCUUGCAUCCAGAGAAGAGGCCUGAGUUCUGGCACAUUGUGAAAGUAUUGGAGCAAUUUGAAUCUUCUCUUGCCCGUGAUGGAACCCUGAAGCUGGUACAAAACCCAGUUUGCCAAGAUCAUAAGAAAAAACUCCUUCAUUGGAUUCAAAAGCUAGGUCCCGUACAUCCUAAUAGCUCACCAUUGCCUAAACCUAAAUUCUCAUGAAUCUUCCUUAUGAUCUGGCUUUUGCUUGUUAGUGUCACCAGUCAAUUGUAAUUAAAAGGUUUGUUUCUAUGCUUCUUUAUUUGUACUAUUAUGACACAUUCAUGUAAGAGUGAAUGAAUGGAUUAGUAGGUUUGCAUUCAGUCAAAAAAUGUCUUUGAUUUUUAUUUAUACUUACACAGAAAGUGAUUGUGAAUUAGGUGUCCUGAAAUGAAUAAAUAUGGGGUUUAUAAACAGCAAUUUUUUUGAA